AGGGUGAUCGUAUAUUGUUAUUUAAUCAAUUCGUAAUGACGAUGGACAUACUUGAAGUUUAUUUACAAACAAGAGGACACAAAUAUUUAAGACUUGAUGGCAGUGUAUCGGUGUGUGAAAGGUAUAUGAACCAUGCCUUCUUCAGCUUAGUAUUUUGCUGAUAAAUAACGUUGAUAGAUCGUUUUAAAGCGCUUGAAAGCAAAUCGUAAGAUUUUCAUAGUUCCAAAAUAUCCCCUCCAGCCUACCUAAGUUGGGGGAACAGGGACACUCACCCACAUGUCUACAACAUUCACAAAGUGUACAAUGUGAAAAGGGACAUUGCACUCCCCUACUGCUUUAGAAACCAGUAAAUGUGAAAGAAGUUACGAUUUGUUGGUGUGUAAUUAUUGUUACCGUCUUUCACAUUUUCAUUCACAAAUUUUACUCGUUUCAUUAAUAUAUUGCAUCACUCCUAGGCAAGGUCUUAUCGACAGAUUUAACACUGAAGAAGACAUAUUUAUGUUCAUUAUAUCUACGAGAGCAGGUAGGAAACCUCUAUGAAGCAAGCGAAUACAUCUUGAUUUGAUGCUUGUGAUGUUACUCUGAGUGUAUAUCCACACCGGCCAAGCUUGAUAUUUUUCAAGCUUGCCUGGUGUGGAUAUACACUCAGAGUAACAUCACAAGCAUCGAAUUACACCAACACAGAAAAAGGAAAAAAACCCGUCUUGAUUUGUAGCCUUGUUGUUAAACACCCUACGUUUGUUGCACGAUAUUGAAAGCCAGUUCUAACACUAACCUCGAGCUUCUCACCGCGUUGCAGGAGGUAUGGGUAUUAAUUUAACAGCAGCGAAUGUCGUCAUUCUCUACGAUUCAGACUACAAUCCUCACAAUGAUAAACAAGCCGAGUGCCGCUGCCACCGCUUGGGACAAACCAGGUAAAGCUACGUUUACAUACAACGAUUAAUCGGGCCGAUUUCAGGUUUUGCCGAGUGUUAAUGACGAAUGUUGUCAGUUGACGAUAUCGCUAGAUGACGUUGACAGAGUAUUUUUCAAAUAUCAUUUAAUUAAAGCCGAAUCGGCCCGCUGCUCGACAAGUGGACUCUGUACACGGCAAAAAACGCCGAGCCUGCUGCUCAACAGGAUUGAACAAUGUUUUGCUGCCCACGUUGUUCACACUUGUCAACAAUAUUGAACAAUAUUGUUGAGCCUGAAUCGGGUGUAACAAUAUUGUUCAAUGUUGUUGAGAACUAUGAACAAUGUGGGCAGCAAAGCAUUGUUCAAACCUGUUUUAAUCAGUAUUGCAACAACCUGAUCGUUUUUUUUUGCCGUGUAGCUCAGGGGCAGGUUGUACGAAGGCUGGAUAGCGCUAUCCAGCGCAUAGUGAUUUUUUCAAGCUUUGUUAAUCAGUCGUUGAUUGGUAUAACUCGUAUUAAAGUUUAGUAUUUAUAAGUCAAAUGUUUUUUAUACUUCUUGUGUCGUCUAUAUCCGUAGUUUCACAGUUUUUCAAGCAUUUUACAAAGAUAACAUUAGAUAACAUUGAUAUCGAAGGAACUAGAUUCUGUUUCGAAAUAUCACAUACUCUAACCGACCAGACCGCGUAGCUCAGUUGGCAGAGCAUUGGGCUAGUAUUCCAAAGGUCGUAGGUUCGAUUCCCACCGUGGUCAGGCAUAUUUUUCAAGCUCGCCCAGUGUGGAUAUACACUCAGAGUAACAUCACAAGCAUCAUAUUCACCUGAGUACAUUACACCAACACAGAAAAAUCAUCAUUUUACAAAGGUUGAAAAAAUCACGUAGGCUCGAUUCCUUGCCAGAGGGCCUGUAGUUUUUUCCAUAGCUGCUCUUGAUUAGGGACCGGUCAUUAUUUAUGGGGGGGGGGGGGGGCAUCGAAGAGAAAUGUUUUUUGUGGCAAAAAUUUUGCUGACCCAACCGUUAAAAAGCCAAAAAUUUGAUUACCCAACCUCAAAUAUCGAUUAAAAAAUAAAUACCCACCCCUGGCCAAAAACUUUACAAACGGAUACCAUUCAGUGACAACACGUGUCCUUUACCACUUCUGUGACAUGAGCUUGAUAACUGCUUGUGCAAUUUUCUGCAGUCUAAAGUUUCAUGUUGUCUGCACAUGUACUUUCUUUGGAGACACCAUCUGUCUCUCAACAUAUCGGAAUAUUAUCAAGAUAUUGACUCUGAUUGAUUCACAUAUUAUAUUGACAUCUGACUGUUGACAGUGCUUUUUGGUCUCCAGUAUUUCAGUGAGUCAUGCUUUGGAAAUAAAUUUUUAUUACCCAACCCUUGAGUUGUUUUUCUUUUUCAUUUACCCAACCUUUUACUCACUCAAAAUUUUGUUUACCCAACCCUUUUCUCUUCGGUGCCACCCCCCACCCCCCCGCCAUAAAUAAUGACCGCUCCCUUAGGUCUAAAAAUUGUAUAUAAUCUGCCGCUCAAAAUUUCCUGUUACCUUUCCACUGGAUUACUGUAGAUUCAGCAUUUAGCUGCGAAAUCUGUAGAUGUUGCAACUACUUGAAAAAUUGUUGGACGGGGAAAAACACACUAGUGGCCACUGUUUUUUUUAUCUGCAUUUUGGUUUAUUUCUUUAGAGAGGUGAAUGUAUAUAGACUAAUUUGCAAGGAUACUUGUGAAGAGGACAUCUUGAAAUGUGCUAAUGAUAAAAUUCGACUUCACGAAGAUAUUUCAGGUACAGCCAUUUAGUAUAAUACCACUAUGCUAACUUUAUUUAAACUGGACCAUAGCCGUUUAUCAUGCUUCUCAACUGUUCACCUAAAUGGACGUUUAGGUCCAAGGGCGUCAAUCCUGGGGGGGAGGAAGUGCCCCCCUCACUUUUUGGAGAUUCGUAAUAUAAUAUAUAAAUCGUCGCUUCGUCAUGCACCGUCUCCCCCCUGUCACGUUUUGGAAUGUAUUUUCGCCCCUGGAACCAUGCAUCCUUAUUGGUCUGUGUUACUACAGGAGGAAACCUAAACUAAAGUAACUUUAUAUUUAUAUUAUAUUUAUACUGGAUAUAUCUAUCAGUUCUAUACUGCCCUUCCUAGAGGUCAUGUAUGAGGCAUCCCUCAUUAAAGGCACUAGGAAAAUCAAUUGAGUAUAAUUCAAGAUCAGUAAAAACAUUGAGAUCACUGAUCUUGAAUUAUGCUUAAUUGAUUUUCCUAGUCAGUUUUUUUUUUCAAUUUAAAGGCUUGUAAUGCGCCUUAAAAACCAUCAUUCAAAAGGCUGAACUGUGCCUUUCGUCCAGUGUUACUGUAGGAGAGAAACCCUGCGGUGUUUGGUAGAGUCAAACUGGAAGCACUGUUUUCACAUAAGUUUUUCUUUUGAAGGAAAUCAAAUUUCUAAUAAGGAGGAUGAUAUUAUUCAGAGCUUAGUAAAUGUUGUGUUUGGAUCUUCGUCAACAAAAUUGGAGGAAAAACAGUAAGACAAUAUCGCUAAUAUUCAGUUGGUAUGUAUUGACGACAUAAUAUAUUUCAUCUUAGAGAUAAUAGUUUAUACAUUUGUUAGAUCUCCGUUUACAACGGAGAAUAUUCAUAUUUUGUUCUAGAAACAAUACCGUAUUAGCUAGGACCAAGUUUCGACAGAGCAAUCAAAGUUUUAUAUUUAUAUGUGCAUUCAAUUGAACCAAUUGCGCAAGUUUGUGUUAUGAAUUUAAUAGUUCUUGUAAGAUAGGAAAAUAAUUGAUCUAUUAAUGUAUCUGGUAGCUUUUGUAAUCCACUGCACAUUGUGAACAAUUGGUUGAUAUGAAUUUAAGCUGAGCUUUAAAAAAAAUUAGUACAAUAAUUGAUUGCAAGAGAUUAACUCUGUUAUCGUAUAUCCUUGGUUUUGAUAAUUUCAUUUAAACUUUUUACAACGUGUUAUCGUCACUUUUACAACGUGUUACCGCCUUUGAGCGCAUGGAAAAUCUCGCAGGACAAUUGGCCUCAUAAUGACGCUAAAUUUCCCAAACGGUAAUUUAAUCUUUAUGUUAGGAGACCAUUGAAAAUCUUUCAAAUUUCAGUCUUAAGUCUGACACGUUGUCUUGAUUCACGUCGUCUUCAUGUGACGUAUGAUCGUUCCUUAACUUUACUUCCGGUACAGUCCCAUUUACUUCCGGUUUCCCAUUCGAAUUUGUAUCACUAUGGUUACCAGUGGCGUGUACUUGCGAUGCAUCUUGGGCAUCCUUCGCUACGUCCUCGGUAUCAUCCGGAAUAUGUUCGGCAUCCUUCGUGUCCUUAGGGCCCUGUUGAGUAUUCUUUUUAUGGAAAAUUCCCAAAAGCCAAUUCAGCCCUUUCUCCUCCGACCUGCGCGAACGUCGAUUCGGCCAGCGUCCUCGUGAAUCUUCGCCUAGCGGUCGUAGGCCGGAAUCUACCGACAUGGAAUAAGUUUCGGUUAAGUUUGUUUUUCUUUCGGUUUCCAUUUUUGGAGUUUUCCCGUUUAGUUUGCCUUUGCGGCUUCGACGAAAUUUGAAUAAAUGCAUUUUAAAUCUUUUUCGUUCUUUCUGUUUCUUUUCUGGGGAUGAUUGUGGAGUAAAGUCAUUUGUAUUCUCUUCAAUUUCUGCUUCUUGAACUUCGUCUGAUUUUACUCGCUCGACAUUUUCUGAUUUCGUUUUCCUCAGGACAACGUCAUGUCCAGGAUUUGGUAGUUUCCAUCCGUUCCGCUCUGCUGGCUUGGGGGCAGGGAUGGGAGGCGUUGGUUUCACCUUCUGCUCAUCUUCCGUAGCCUCAUUCUGCCCGCUAUCUUCAUCUUCCUCCUCAAUUUCUUCAGGCACAUCGAAAUCAAAGUUCAUACUAGCCCGAGACCUUACGAAGUCUCUGGAUGGAGGACGACGUUUAGGUCUGAGUUGCACUCGUUGUUUGUUAAUGUGUUCCAGGGUUAGUUCUGGAACUAAAAUGAAAGUCGACAAGACUGACAUGAAUUUUG